AUGUCUCUCACUGGGUUCAUCGGGCUCGGCAACAUGGGCGGCCAUAUGGCUCGCAACUUGCUCAAAAAUGGAAAGAAAUUGAUUGUCUAUGAUGUUAAUAAGCAAGUUGUAGAUCAAUUCAAGUCAGAAGGGUGUGAAGUGGCCACCCAUCCAGCAGACAUCGCCGCCGCUUCCAAAGAAAUUGUGACGGUUUUGCCGAGCUCGCCACACGUAAAAGCUGUCUAUCAAGGAGAAAAUGGCAUUUUCAAAACAAUCCAGCCGGGAACUCUCUGUAUGGACUCGUCGACUAUCGAUCAAGUUGUGACGUUAGAAGUUGCUCAAGCGGCGGCUCUCCUCAAGGCAGAGUACAUUGAUGCACCGAUUUCUGGUGGUGUCACUGGCGCCCAACAAGCGACUCUCACAUUCAUGGUCGGCGCCGGCAACGACGAGACAUUCGCCCGUGCGAACGCAGUGCUCAGUCUGAUGGGAAAGAAUAUUGUGAAUCUAGGAGCCGUCGGAAACGGAACGGCCGCCAAGAUCUGUAACAACAUGUUACUCGGAAUUCAGAUGGUCGCUGUGGCGGAGACGAUGAAUUUGGGAAUGUCGAUGGGUCUCGACGCGAAAGCUCUCGCUGGAAUCAUUAAUACGUCGUCGGGUCGUUGCUGGUCAUCGGAUACCUAUAAUCCAGUACCAGGAGUUCUUCCAAACAUUCCAUGUGCUAAGUUACUCUCAUUCCUCGACAAUCUGCAAUCAACGCUCCGCACAUCGGGAUUCAACGAGCAGAGUGUGUCGGAAGUGAUGCAGGCCAUGCAGGUUCUCGCCAAAUACAACAUCAUGGGCCUAGGCCUCGGACUCGGCGUCGCCGCGAUGGCCCAAAUGCGUACCGGACAGGAAUCCCAGAUGACGGCGAAUCACGGAUCGGCUGGUUUCGGUGAUGGAUACGGUGGCGGUGUGCAGGGUGGUGGACAAGGCGGUGGUGGACAAGGAGGUCAGGGAGGACCACAAGGAGAUCAGGUUAGACGACUACUUGAUAUGAUGGAACCGAAUGGAAGAGGAGGAGAUAAUGAUUUUCGAGAGAAGAGACAAGCGGUCAGACGGCGGAGAUAUUGA